AAACCCUCGUAUCCUCGCCGCCGGCGGAGCCCCCUGUCUUAAACCGUCGUUUUCCCCAGUAAAGGCAUCGCAUCUCAACGCACUCACCCACUUGGAAUUGCAAAGUUAGGGUUUGAAUUUUUUGUACCAUCUUGUUCCAAUGACGAUUGACGCGACUUCAUCGGUUUGCAAUUUGGGGGUUUUGGAGUCCCUAACCGCUGAUGAUAUCAAUGAAAUUAUGGAGAGCUGGAAAGGCUUCUGUUUGGCCACUGAAGCUCUGCUGAAUGGCAAUGCUGCUCAUCUUUCGUUUGGUUCCAACUUGGCUUCUCAUGCUCACACUCUCUCCAACCACGGCCUCGACUCUUUAGUGCAACAACACUUCUUUUGCUCCCUAGAGGAAAAUUUUGAGAAGAAUGGAGCAUCAAAGUUUUGGCAGCAUUUUGAUGCUUACAGUGAUGUUGCUGCUCUAGAAAUGAGCAUGGACCCUAUCCUUACCCAGAUCCAUGAUCCAAACAUGGCUUUAGGACAUCAAAAUCGCCUAGUGAAGAUUCUUAAGGAUAGGGUUCAGCAAGAGUUAUGUAAAGCUCUGGAAGAGAUAUCAUUUGAAAAACAGUAUCAAGAGAAGUGCCUAUUAAUGCUAAUUCGUGCCUUACAGCCGAACAAAGAUAUUGCGCUAGAUAAAAGACAAAGCCCAGAUGCUGAAAGACUCUAUCUGUUGUCUAGAUAUCAAUUAAUAGUGUCUUCAGUUCUCAUGGCUACUCUUCCUCGGCAUUUUCCUGAGAUACUCCACUGGUAUUUUAAGGGAAGGCUGGAGGAGUUGAGUACAAUUAUGGCUGAAGAUUGUGAAGAUGAUAGUGAAUCACAAGGUAAUGAUGACAUGGACCUAGAUGAAAAAAAUAAACUCCCCUACAGAACAGGUGACAUGGCUGUUGAUGAAUUUUAUCAUCGGAAAUUGGCGAACAGCAAACUAGUAAAGAACAUUGGAAUGGUUGUGCGUGAUCUUAGAAGUCUUGGAUUUACAUCUAUGACUGAAGAUGCCUAUGCUUCUGCUAUACUUCUGCUUUUGAAGGCUAAAGUUCACAAUCUGGCUGGUGAUGACUAUAGGAGUUCUGUUUUGGAGUCCAUUAAAGGAUGGAUACAGGCUGUGCCUCUGCAGUUCUUGCAUGCACUUCUUGCUUAUCUUGGUGAGUCCAUCAGUUAUGAUAGCCCUUCUUCGGAUCUGAAAUCACCUUUGGCAUCACACCCAUCCUCAUGCUAUGCUGGAGUAGACAAUCCCUCAGAAGGACUCAUUAGAUGGCAGUUGCGGCUAGAGUAUUUUGCUUAUGAAACAUUGCAAGACUUGAGAACUGCCAAACUUUUCGAGAUUAUUGUGGACUAUCCUGACAGCUCUCCUGCUAUCGAAGACUUGAAACAAUGCCUUGAAUAUACCGGACAACAUUCAAAGCUGGUUGAUUCAUUUAUUUCUGCACUAAGAUAUCGCUUACUUACAGCCGGUGCCUCAACCAAUGAUAUAUUGCAUCAGUAUGUUUCAACCGUUAAAGCACUUCGGACGAUAGACCCUGCAGGUGUUUUUCUUGAAGCAGUUAGUGAACCAAUAAGGGAGUACCUGAAGGGGAGGAAAGACACAGUUAAAUGCAUUGUGACCAUGCUCACUGAUGGGACAGGUGGGAAUUCCAAUGGACCUGGAAAUACCGGGGAUAGCCUUCUAGAAGAAUUAAAUAGAGAUGAAGAAAGUCAAGAAAACACUGGUGUGGAUGAUGAUAUCAACACUGAUAUCAAGCAGGCAUGGAUCAAUGCUGAACGCUGGGAGCCUGACCCUGUAGAGGCGGAUCCCUUGAAAGGUAGCAGGAAUCGAAGGAAGGUUGACAUACUUGGUAUGGUUGUCAGCAUCAUCGGUUCAAAGGACCAGCUAGUUAAUGAAUAUCGUGUUAUGCUAGCUGAAAAGCUUCUAAACAAAUCUGACUAUGAUAUAGAUGCAGAAAUACGCACUUUGGAACUUCUCAAGAUACAUUUUGGAGAGAGCAGCAUGCAAAGGUGUGAAAUAAUGCUUAAUGAUCUGAUUGAUUCAAAGAGGACUAACACAAAUAUAAAAGCAACUAUAAAUCAUCCAUCUCAAUCAGGAGCUGAGGCCUUGGGGGAAAAUGAGGUGUCUCUGGAUAUUCUUAAUGCUACUAUUAUAUCUUCAAAUUUCUGGCCGCCUAUCCAGGACGAAGCACUUAACUUACCUGAACCUGUGGACCAACUGCUUAGUGAUUAUGCUAAAAGGUUCAAUGAAAUCAAGACCCCUCGUAAGCUGCUAUGGAAGAAAAAUCUUGGCACAGUCAAGUUGGAAUUGGAAUUUGAAGAUAGAUCCCUACAAUUCACAGUCACUCCUGUACAUGCCUCAAUCAUUAUGCACUUUCAAGAUCAAACAAGGUGGACCUCAAAGAAUCUUGCAGCUGCUAUUGGGUUACCUGUUGAUGUACUUAAUAGGAGAAUAAAUUUCUGGAUAAGCAAAGGAAUUAUUUCAGAAUCAUUGGGAGCAGAUUCUAAUGACCACAUAUUUGCCUUAGUGGAUGGAACGAUUGACACUAGCAGGAGUGGCGCAAACAGUGGAGGUUGCGAGGAGCUGUUGGUGGUUGAUGAGGAUGGAGAGAGAUCAGUGGCUUCUGUUGAGGAUCAACUACGCAAAGAAAUGACUGUGUAUGAGAAAUUUAUCACGGGGAUGCUAACAAAUUUUGGCAGCAUGGCAUUGGAUCGAAUUCAUAAUACUCUCAAGAUGUUUUGUGUAGCUGAUCCUCCUUAUGACAAAUCACUGCAACAGUUGCAAACCUUCUUAUCCGGUCUAAUUGCAGAAGAGAAAUUAGAGCUAAGAGGUGGAAUGUACUUUUUAAAGAAGUGAUGAACUGAUGGAAUUGUGAGAAUAUUAUGUUAAUUAUGGAAAUAUAUUAGAUUGAUUGUAUAUUUUGUUUGUCAGCAUCUACAGUUUGGUUUUAUCUCGCUUCGUUUCGUCU